CGUCCCAGCCUACCGCUCUGGAGCCUGGAGAGUGACCGUCCGGCUUCUGUCCCUGCAUGCAGAGCCCAGAUGCCUGAGUAGGCGCUGACUGCGGUCCUCUCUUUCCUGGCCCGCUGCUACUGGGGAGCAAUGGAGAAGAGGGCGGGCAGGCCCCAGCUGUGUCUGAUGCUGUUCCUGUCCUUCCCUCAGCUCUGCCUGGACCAGGAGAUGUCACCUGGACACUCUCUUCAGACACCCCACGAGGAGGGGCAGGGCCCUGAGGGCACCUGGGGUUCUUGGGGCCAGUGGGCCUCCUGUUCCCAGCCCUGCGGGGUGGGGGUACAGCUCAGGAGCCGGACUUGUCAGCUCCCUGCGGUUCACCAGGGCCUGGCUCUCCCACCCCGGCCCCCACGACACCCAGAAGCCCUGCUCCCCAGGGGGCAGGGCCCCAGACCCCAGGCUUCCCAAGAAGCCCACCCCCUGUACAGACCACGUCCCCAGGGGAGAGGUGACCCUCUUCCAGGUCCAGCCCCCCAACUAGAGGAGGCCCAGGAGAGUCCCGGCGCCAGGCGGUCCCGGCUGCGCGACCCCAUCAAGCCGGGCAUGUUUGGCUACGGGAGAGUGCCUUUUGCUCUGCCGCUCCACCGGAACCGGAGGCACCCCCCGAGGCCGCCCGGACCCCGAUUCACCCAGCCCCCCAGCCUUCGCUCCCCGACCCCCGGGGCAGAGCCAGCCUCCACAAACCACACCCCUGGGGCUCCGCCCCCUCCAGAUCUGUCUGCCCACACCCCGUCUCCCCCUGCAGAGCCUCCACGUUCCGAAGCUGCCCAGACAGGGGUGCCCCUGAGCACCAGGCCUGCCCCCACCAGGGCCCAGGCCCCCGGCACGGCCGCCCCCAGGGCCGCGCUCUCCUCAGGGGAGAACAGCUCCUUCCACAUGUCCCUUCGGCCAAGAACACACAGUCCCCAGGGUCGUGCCAGCGCCCGGGGGGCAGAGAGACACCCCAAUCCCUCCCUUUCUGCUCCCCGGGGGCACGUCCAACAGAACUGGGUGCACCGGCAGCCUGGGGGGGGCCGGCACAGGUCCGCCCCUCGCCUCGCGGACAGCUGGCCGCCGUCGCUCGGUGCUGGCCCCCACGCCAGCCCCAGCUGGAGCCUCUUUGCGCCCAGCAGCCCUGUCCCCCAGUGUCCUGGGGAGCGUGAGCAGCUCAGAGCCUGCAGCCAAGCGCCCUGCCCCCCUGAGCAGCCGGACCCCCGGGCUCUGCAGUGCGCAGCCUUCGACACGCAGGAGUUCAUGGGCCAGCUGUACCAGUGGGAGCCCUUCACGGACGUCCAGGGCUCCCGGCGCUGUGAGCUGAACUGCCGUCCCCGGGGCUUCCGCUUCUAUGUCCGCCACACCGAGAAGGUCCAGGACGGGACCCUGUGUCAGCCCGGAGCCCUGGACAUCUGCGUGGCUGGACGCUGCCUGAGCCCGGGCUGCGACGGCAUCCUCGGCUCCGGCAGGCGUCCGGACGGCUGCGGCGUCUGCGGGGGCGACGACUCCACCUGUCGCCUGGUCUCGGGGAACCUCACGGACCGAGGGGGCCCCCUGGGCUAUCAGAAGAUCUUGUUCAUUCCCGCUGGAGCCACUCGGCUCCAGAUCGCCCAGCUCCGGCCCAGCUCCAACUACCUGGCGCUCCGGGGCCCGGGGGGCCGGUCCAUCAUCAAUGGGAACUGGGCUGUGGACCCCCCGGGGUCCUACCCGGCCGGGGGCACCACCUUCCGGUACAGCCGGCCUCCUCGAGAGGAGGGUGCGGGGGAGAGCCUGUCCGCCGACGGCCCCACCACCCAGCCUGUGGACGUCUACAUGAUCUUUCAAGAGGAGAAUCCAGGUGUUUCUUACCAGUAUGUCAUCUCCUCGCCGCCAGCCCCGGAGAGCCCCGCCCCAGAGCCCCGAGCCCCCCGCCCCCAGCCGGAGAUGCGGAGGGCAGAGCCCCCGCCUGCUUCGGCACCCCGCGCCCCGAGGACGCCCGGCGCCCUCCAUCGGCAGGUGCGGAUCCCGCAGGUGCCCGCCCUGCCGCGGCCCAGGCCGCCCCUGGGGUCCCCAGCCGGAUCCUGGAGACGAGCGGGGCACCCUGAGUGCUCGGCCUCCUGUGGGGAAGGUGUCCGGCGCCCCAGCUUCCUCUGCAUUUCCCGUGAGUCCGGAGAGGAACUGGAUGAACGCAGCUGUGCCACGGCCCCCAGACCCCCCGUCUCCUUGGAGCCCUGCCGCGGCCCCCCCUGCCCCCCAUACUGGGAGGCCGGCGAGUGGACGUCCUGCAGCCGCUCCUGUGGCCCCGGCACCCAGCACCGCCAGCUGCACUGCAGGCAGGAGUUCGGGGGCGGCGGCUCCUCUGUGCCGCCGGAGCGCUGCGGCCACCUGCCGCGGCCCGGCAUCACCCAGGCCUGUCAGCUGCGCCUCUGUGGCCACUGGGAGGUUCGCUCCCCCUGGAGCAAGUGCUCCGUGAGGUGUGGCCGAGGCCAGAGGAGUCGGCAGGUCCGCUGCGUGGGAAGCGACGGCGAGGAAGUGAGCGAGCGGGAGUGCGCCUCGGGCCCCCCGAGGCCCCCCAGCAGAGAGGCCUGCGACAUGGGGCCCUGCACCACGGCCUGGUUCCACAGCGACUGGAGCGCCAAGUGCUCGGCGGAGUGCGGAACCGGGAUCCAGCGGGACCUGGGGGAGGAAGCUGCCACCCAAGGCCAGGCCAGGCAGCGGAGGGAAGGGCUGGGGGACCCGGACCUCUCCCAGACUUCCCCAGCCCCGUCGCCCGCUCUCCGCACCCAGUGCUCCGUGGACUGCGGCGCGGGCACGCAGCGUCGGGACGUCAUCUGCGUGUCCAAACUGGGGCCCGAGUUCAACGUGACCGCCCCCGGCAACUGCUCCCACCUGCCCCGGCCCCCUGCCCUGCAGCCCUGUCAGGGCCAGGACUGCCAGGACCGGUGGUUUUCUACACCCUGGAGCCCGUGUUCUCGCUCCUGCGAGGGGGGUGUGCAGACGAGGGAGGUCCAGUGCCUGACUGCCAACCAGACCCUCAGCAUCCGAUGCCCCACCCACCGGCGGCCCUCCAGGAAACGACCCUGCAACAGCCAGCCCUGCAGCCAGCGCCCUGAUGAUCAGUGCAAGGACGACUCUCCACACUGCCCCCUGGUGGUGCAGGCGCGGCUCUGCGUCUACCCCUACUACACGGCCACCUGCUGCCGCUCCUGCGCCCACGUCCUGGAGCGGUCUCCCCCCGAGCCCGCCUGAAAGGGGCCCGGGGACCCUGUCCUCGUGGUUUUUCAUCAGUCACCCAUUGACCUGCCACUCUGUACCCUCCGGGUGUCCUGCCUGUACUAGUCUCACCGGGGACUUCCCCCAGGGUGGCUGGAGUGGUGAGACGACUGAAGCUGUGCAGGCGCCACAAGCCGCUUCUCAAAAUGAACAGACCGAGGGGGUGGGAGCGGCUGGUGCCUCUUGCCCUGGGACUUUCCUAGGAAAGCACGUUCAGAGUCCCCCAGUAAUCCGGGGCCACGCCCAGGCCCCCGACUGUCCCCCAAACCUAACUUUUCCCAAAUUCUGGCCCCCCGUCUUCCAACCCGGCCUUUCGUCGGCUCGCCGUCCCGGCCCCCAGCCCUGCUCUCGCAGUUGGCCAGGGUGGGCAUCCCCGCCCCCCCAGAAGAGACUACUUCCUCCCCCAGGGCAGGGACCAGCUGGGCAGAGCGGAAGAGAAACGCUAGCAGGAGACACCCCAGCCCUUGCCCUGCUCCCCACCUCCCAAAAUACGUCCCACCCCAGAACUAAUUUAUUUUUUAUUAAAGACGAUUAUGAC